CAGUGUCGAGAAAUGUGAGAUCGUAUUUUUGUAUUGGUGGCGUCCCAUCAUGGAUAUUGGGCGCUUUUAUUCUUGCACCAAAUGUCUGAUGUUCACUUUCAACAUUUUCCUCUGGUUCCUGGGAACGGGAGUUCUGACCUUUGGAAUUUGGAGUCGUUUUGAACUAUGGCAGAGCCCGGUCAACAAAGUCAUUUCCACCAUUGCCGGAGUAUACAUGACAGAUUACAUGUAUAUUUUUAUUGGUUGUAUUACGGUCAUUCUUGGAUCUUGCGGAUGUUGCGGAGCUGUCAUGCACAACAAAUUGUUUCUGACAGGGAUAUCUUUAGGAGCACUUGUAACAUCCGCCGCAAUGGUUGGGAUCGGUGUGAACAUUCUGGCACAGAGGGAUAGGGUGAAAGCGUCUAUUGAUGGUUUACUGCAAGAUUAUGUCAGGAAGAUUAACAACCCUCAACAUGAUAAAAUAACCAUUGAUCGACUCCAGAAAACGAUGAACUGCUGUUUUAUCCACCAUGUUGGCAAUUACUCCUCAUGCACACUGGACAACUUAAAUAAGUCUUGUGCUGAUCAGAUGUUUAUCGUCACCUCCCAGAGACACAGGGUUAUAGCUGACGUGGCGAUAGGAUGUGGGUUAGUGAUGGGCUUAGGGAUGAUCAUCUCGAUGUUAUUACUGUGCGUCAUCAGAGAGAUAAGCACGCAUCCAUACACAGAAACCUCCGUACUAUAUGUGUCUCAAGUGUGAAUGGGGGGCACGGGUGCCCCAUUCGUCUAGGGCGCCGCGAUUCGCUGUGCAGAGUUGCGUCCCUUAG